AUUUUCUCUUGGCAAAACUGUCUAUAACUCCGGCGCGAACUUGGGGGUGAAAAAAAAGAAGAAAUGCCAACUCUUCAGAGCGCAGGCAGCAUCUCCAUCCUACAGGUGCGUGUGAAUGUGGCGCUGACUCUUUAACCCAGCACAGACAGCUGUUGUGCUGCAGAUGCUUCACUCGCUCUCUGUCUAUCUCUCUCAGUCUGUCUCCUACUUUCUUUUUCUCUUUAAACAUAUCAAACGUGAAAUUCUAAUGGAGAUUCACGUCACAUAUUUUUUCAAAUUUUCAACAAAUUUUGAAUGAUUUUUUUUAUUUUUUUAUUCAUGCUUGGUUUUCGGGAAUUUUCCCUUUUCUUACAAGGUUUGCUAUGAAAUAAACGCUGUUUAAAAUGUACAGACUGUAGAAAGACUGCUUCACCCUAUGGUAAUGUAAGAAAAUGAGAUAAUAAUCAAAACUUUUCCACUUUGACAUUUGCAAUCCAACUGAAAAAACAAAUUUUAUAAAUGAAAGAAGAUAGAAUUUUACAUGGUGCAGGAAUUUCAGAUUCAAAUAUUCUCUGAACACUUCCCACAAGGCUAAGAGCUUACAAUCUGUUUUCCCUCAGUCCCUCUGUUUCCUGCUGUUGAACACCUGCUUUCCAUCUGCUCCUUUACCGUAGCAUCAAGUAAUUAAGUUCCCACUAUUGCACUCAGUAAUGUCAGACUCAGAUCCUCUUAUUGUCUUCACUCAGGUUUCCUGUCAAUUCCAUUCACUAGAUGAGCUUUUUCUCUCUCUCUAGCAUUUCUCAUUUGUAUUUGAGUCCUCUACAAAUACUCAAUAUGACAAAGAAUUUGUUUCUAUUUUUCUUUUUUUUUUUUCAUAAUUACAUUUUGUCAGAUUUUACACUGAUGUUGGGCCUGGCUCAUCUGUUUAUAAUUUAGUUGCAAGAUUAAUGAUGUGAAAAAGCUUUUGAAAUAAGUUUUCACAGCCUUAUAAUUAUAAUCAGUCACACUCUUGCAAAAAAAAUAAGAACUAGUAUAAAAGCAUUAGUAUUCAUCUAAUGUGGCUGCACAUUUUACCAUUUCCUAGAGUAGAAAUGGCAAGUCCUUGAAUCAUCAACUUUUCCGCUCCACAUGUUCCACUUUUAGCUCUUUGCCCCUGAUUCUUCAGAAUUAUCCUACUGCCUGUGUUAAACUGUGUGAUUCAGCAAGCAACAUUUCUACAAAAACAGCAAAAAUGUUGUUCACUUUACUAGAGAAACAUGAUAAUAAGCAUUAAUAGCCUAUCUGAAAGGUCUUUUUUUCAAACCAUCAACAGAGCACAGGAGAAGGCGAGGCUGUUCCACGGCCAUAAUAAUAACAAAAAAUAGAAUUGCUCGGGAAGUUAAGAUAAUCUAAAGUUAACCCAUUUAUGUUUCCUUUGGUGUUGUUGUUUUAUAUUUUUGUACCAUUGACCCUUCCAUUCAAAAACAUUUGACUGAAUAAUUGAUAGGUAUAUACUGUAUAUAUUUCUUAGUUUACUGAUUGAAAAACAUGUUCAAAGACUCCUUUUCCCAUCAACAUGCUUGAAUGUAUGAAACUUGUAAGUAAUGAGAAAACUGUCAGUCUUUUAAGCCUCAUAACUCUCAUCUGACCACACAUUAUGAAAAAUAAGCUUUUUCAAAUCUUUUUGAGCUUACAGCAAAGCUUCAUGGAUCAAUGAAUGAGUAUAAAAGAAGACUGAUCGGUGUUUGUUUUCUCCCAUUUGUCACAUUAUUAUCUUUCUUAAUGGCCUUGGUGGGCUUCGUUAAGCACUGGAAGUCCUUUGGAAAAGAGCAGAAAAAGCCAGCCUUUCCUUCCUACCUUGAGUUCAAUCAUCUGUUUUGGUUAAGGGGAAAAAAAAACCUCAUGUCAAGCACGGCCUUCAGGACUGAAUCCAGAACAAGUUCUAUCUUUUUUUUCUCCGGCCCUUAUCUCUUCGGAGUGUCCUUCGAAAGCUGUAUAAAGACGUGAGAAACUUCUUUGAUACUUUGCUGUCUCUGGCAAAGACAGACAACAUGCUGCCUGCUGUGGUGAAGCUCUGCUGUGGAAUAUCCUACCCACACCUUAGGAGCAUGUCAGGGCUUCAACGCACAGCAGUAGCAGUGAUAAGCAAGGAGAUCACACAAAUGAAGCCUUGGGCGCAGAUCAAACAUCACAUCGGAAAACUUGCUGAGCCCAAAACAGAAGUGGCAGUGAGUGAAGAUCAGCUGUUUUACAUACAACAUGGCAAGGAAGCACUGAGGAAAGCUGUCAGCAUGUUGGAGGACAGAGAGGGAUGGAAGCUGGAAAUUCAAGAGAACAAUGGUGACGUGAUCUGUAGCAAAGUGAUACCGGGAGCUGGGAAGGUCUUCAGGCUGGAGACGGUAUUGGAAGCCAGCUUGGAUGACCUCUAUGACCUCCUGUUUGUCAGAGUUGAGAACAUAAACGAGUGGAACCCGAGCGUACAGCGAAUCAAAGUUUUAAAGCGAGCUGGACCUGAAACAGUCGUAACUCACGAAGUUUCAGCUGAGACAGCAGGGAAUCUUAUUGGACAAAGGGAUUUCCUCAGCGUCAGACACAGCUGCAAAGAAAAAUCCUGCCUUUAUCUAGCAGGAGCAGCAAUUCAGCUGGAGUCAUUCCCACCUCAGGCUGGAUUUGUGAGAGCUGAGGAUGGGCCAACCUGCAUCGUUAUUAAAGCUCUGGAUGAGGACUCAACAAAAAGCAGCUUUACAUGGCUCCUCAACAUGGAUGUAAAGGGCUGGCUGCCUAAGUCCAUUGUCAAUCAGGGUUUGCCUCGAGCUCAGCUGGAUUUCACAAGACAUCUUCGGAAACAUCUCAGUCUGAGAUGACUGAGUCCUCAUGACCGUCACACUGCAGCAGCACCUUGUCCUUGUUCAAAGAAGGUGGGGGCAUAGUGACAGACUGCCUGGAUGGCAAAACGCUACCCUGUUGAAACGAAAUGCUGCCUGGAUGAUAUGACCUCCUUGAAGAACAGCGAGCAGAAGGGAGAACCAGCUUGGGGGAUGGAAGCUGGAUUAUAAUAGGAAUAAAUGUCAAAUUGUGCCACUUAAACCUCUCAAAGUUUUCCUGUUUAAGAGCCACAACUUGUCUCUUGAUACAUGACACCCUGCAAAUGACUGGAUAGAAUUAAUAAAGUGCUUAAAUGCGCGUGUA